UUCGGAAUCCUUUUCGAUCGCGUCUCGUUGAAGGUGCAUCGCUCCUGAAAGGCUAAGGCAAUUUGCAGCGUGCACUCCAUCGAGCAGGACUCUCAAACCUCGAAAAUGGCAUCCAACGAAGAGCUGGCUUGUGUUUACGCCUCCCUCAUCCUUCAGGACGAUGAAGUUGGCAUCACCGCCGAGAAAAUCAACGCCAUCCUGAAGGCCGCCAACGUCACCGUCGAGCCCUACUGGCCGACCCUGUUCGCCAAGGCCCUCGAAGGAUGCGAUCUUAAGGCUCUCAUCACCAACGUUGGAUCCGGAGUCGGCGCCGCCCCGGCUGCUGGUGCAGCUCCAGUUGCCGCUGCCGCCGGAGACGCCGCUCCCGCCAAGAAGGAGGAGAAGAAAGAAGAAGAAGAGGAGGAAGAUGAAGACAUGGGCUUCGGUCUCUUCGAUUAGAGGAUCGGAAUCCGGCGUCGACAGUAUGCUCCGAGCGGCUGGAGAGAAUUUUGUGAAAAUAAAUCCUCUGCCU